GGCGAGCGGGCGGCUCGGUGCGGGCAGGAGACGCGCCGCCGGGCUGGGCUGCCCGGGGGAGAUGACUUCUCGCCAGGAGGGCGCUCUGGCAAGAAGACCUCGGGGGAAGCAAAGUUUCAGGACAGCUGAGGAGCCUUGACCGCAGCCCUUCCGAGCCCCAUCACUCCCCUGGCUAUGGAGGGCGGACUCUAAGAUGAAUCCCGACCUGGACACCGGCCACAACACAUCAGCACCUGCCCACUGGGGAGAGUUGAAAGAUGCCAACUUCACUGGCCCCAACCAGACCUCGAGCAACUCCACGCUGCCCCAGCUGGACGUCACCAGGGCCAUCUCCGUGGGCCUGGUGCUGGGCGCCUUUAUCCUCUUUGCCAUCGUGGGUAACAUCCUAGUUAUCCUGUCCGUGGCCUGCAACCGGCACCUGCGGACACCCACCAACUACUUCAUCGUCAACCUGGCCAUUGCCGACCUGCUGCUGAGCUUCACCGUCCUGCCCUUCUCGGCUGCCCUGGAGGUGCUCGGCUACUGGGUGCUGGGGCGGAUCUUCUGCGACAUCUGGGCAGCCGUGGACGUCCUGUGCUGCACAGCAUCCAUUCUGAGCCUGUGUGCCAUCUCCAUCGAUCGCUACAUCGGGGUGCGCUACUCGCUGCAGUACCCCACGCUGGUCACCCGGAGGAAGGCCAUCUUGGCGCUCCUCAGCGUCUGGGUGUUAUCCACAGUCAUCUCCAUCGGGCCUCUCCUUGGGUGGAAGGAGCCGGCGCCCAAUGAUGAUAAGGAAUGCGGGGUCACCGAAGAACCCUUCUACGCCCUCUUCUCCUCCCUGGGCUCCUUCUAUAUCCCUCUGGCGGUCAUUCUGGUCAUGUACUGCCGAGUCUACAUCGUUGCCAAGAGGACCACCAAGAACCUGGAGGCGGGAGUCAUGAAGGAGAUGUCCAACUCCAAGGAGCUGACCCUGAGGAUCCACUCCAAGAACUUUCAUGAGGACACCCUCAGCAGUACCAAGGCCAAAGGCCACAACCCCAGGAGUUCCAUAGCUGUCAAACUUUUUAAGUUCUCCAGGGAAAAGAAAGCAGCCAAGACCUUGGGCAUUGUGGUUGGUAUGUUCAUCUUGUGCUGGCUACCCUUCUUCAUCGCUCUACCACUUGGCUCGCUGUUCUCCACCCUGAAGGCCCCCGACGCCGUGUUCAAGGUGGUGUUCUGGCUGGGCUACUUCAACAGCUGCCUCAACCCCAUCAUCUACCCGUGCUCCAGCAAGGAGUUCAAGCGCGCCUUCGUGCGCAUCCUGGGGUGCCAGUGCCGCGGCCGUCGCCGCCGCCGCCGNCGGAGCUCUGAUCGCCCUUCUCGGGCGCGGGCGCAGUACGCGCCCAGGUGCGCGGGUCCCUCCUGCGGCCCCCCUGGCUGGCGCCGCGGCGUCUCCAGCUGCACGCAGCAGAGAAGGCGAAGCCUCCCGGGGCCGCCGCUCGCCGUCUGGAGCGGGGCAUCCUUCUUCGUACGUGCAGAGACUGAGAAACAGUUCUUUAGACACUGCAGCGACCGACACCGCUCCACGCCCCCUUCUCUUGAGCCGGUGCUUGGAGUGGAGCAAGCUCGGCUUGGCGGGGGACAGGGGCGCCACCUGCUGUCCAACGCGCGGCAGCGACGGGAGUGUAGAGGAAGUUGCUUUACAAUCAGCUUGUGCUGCUCUUAG